AUGACAGAUUGAGUUUAAAGGGGGGUAAAUUGCAGCGGUAAUAGACAGUUCAUACUUUAACAAGAUGAAAUGAAGGCCCAAGUCGGACUUUACUUUUUCGUCCUGGUGUCAGGACUUGUAGCAGGAGAAAGUGUCAGUAACAGUUCAGUUCUGCAGGAAACUGAUGUUAUUGAAAAUGUAGGAAAAAAGGAAGUUUGUAUGAAAGAAUUAGGAUGUUUUUCCAUUACGACUGAUUUUAUAAGCGUCCUACGAAGACCCAUCAAUGUUCUGCCUCAUGACAGAGUUACCAUCAACACACGUUUCCUACUUUACACUAGACAGCAUCCAAAAGAAUCGGAUCCACUCAUUGCAAGCAAUGCCGAUUCCAUCAAAAAAUCUUCACUGAACCCAAAAAAUCCUACUAAAUUCAUUGUUCAUGGAUUUAUGGACAGUGAAAUCUUUGGACCUUGGAUGGUGAAAAUGAAAGAUGAAUUCCUCAUGCAUGGAGAUUAUAACAUAAUCAUUGUCGACUGGAGUGGAGGUAAUAAGCCCCCCUACUAUCAGGCCACGGCGAAUACAAGAGUGGUAGGAGCAGAAAUUGACUUGCUCAUCAAAGCUCUAGAAAAACAUUUGAAGUUGAAGAGAAGUAAUAUGCAUAUAAUCGGCCACAGUCUAGGAGCACAUAUCGCUGGUUAUGCCGGAGAACGACUGAAAACUCUUGGGAGAAUAACAGCUUGUGAUCCUGCUGAACCAUAUUUUGAAGACAUGCCAAAAACUGUCCGACUGGAUCCAUCUGAUGCCAAUUUUGUAGAUGUCAUUCACACAGAUGCAGCAUCAAAAAUCAGAUUUAUUGGUUUCGGUAUGAAUCAACUAGUUGGCCACGUGGACUUUUUCCCAAACAAUGGACGCCAACAACCAGGAUGUACAAAAGAAAAGUUUUUGACUUUUGUUACGGAUGGAUUAAAAGAAGGUCUGAGGCGCUUUGGAAGUUGCAACCACCAGCGAGCUCUAGAUUUUAUGCACCACUCAAUAAAUUACCGGAAAAUAGUGCCUGUCGGUUACCAGUGCUCUUCUUGGGAAGAUUUCUUGGCGGGCAAGUGUGCUGAAUGUGGUAAAGACAUGAAACAGUGUGCUAUCAUGGGAAUAAGAGCUGACGAAUACAUCCCACUCAAGCCUAAAGAUACCCAAACAGCAUUUUAUCUACAAACUGGUGGAAAAGCUCCAUACUGGCAAUAUCAUUAUCAAAUAUCUGUUAAGUUGUACAAAUCAAAAUCAGCUAAAGAUACUUCAGGAAAAAUAGACGUUACACUAUUUGGUGAAUAUGGUGACGAAAUUUUCCACGUACAAAACACGGCUGUUAAUCUCAUUCAUGGAUCAAGGUAUCAAUAUUUAGCUACCACUGAUAAAAACCUUGGAGAAAUUAAAAGCGUCAGUUUGCAAUGGACCCUGCAGACACUUAAUCCUAUUAAAUUACUUAUCAAGCCAGUGAUAUAUGUAGAAUACAUCACAGUCGUACCAAUGAACACUCAAGAAAAAUCGCCUCGAAAACUGACAAACCGACAAUACUGUGGAAAUCCUAAUUUAGCCAUCAAACCUAGAACUACUGCUUCAUUUCUCAAGAAAGACAACUGUAUCAAAGCAUAGUCAGACGCUGGAUCAAACUUGGAGUUAUGAAGACAAGACUGAAAAUAUUUAAUCCCUGCAAAUCGCAGAUAAUAUUUAAAACUGUCAACUGUUACUUGUACAACAUAUUAUCAGAAGAAUCAUUCAUUUUACAUAUGUGAAAUUAUUUAGAAAUACUAGAAUUAACUUGAUCUUUGAAUGUUAAGUUUGUAAACACUAGAAUGAAAGCACUAACUACACGUGGAGUUACAACAAUCCAUCAAUCUAUUAUCACUUUUUCAGUCAAUAUUACAUCAUUUUUCCUAUCAUAUAAUGUGCGUAUAGAAUUAUUGGAUUCAUCUUACUGAAAACAACUUAUUAUAAGAUGAGAUGAAAUAUCUUCUCAUCUGAAAUUAAAAUAAAUAACAUCAAAUGAGCCAUUCAGUUCAGAAAAUUGAAUUAAUUCACCCGCUUUGUGCCAUGGUUUACGCAUGCGAUUCGGAUCAUUUAUUUAACCGGAUUAUUAGAAUUUAGCGAUUGAAAAAAAGUAACCGAGAAGUAGGUAAUCUAGAUAUAAAUUAAUCCGACAGUAGGUGUAAAUCAUCAGCCAAUCACGCAUCAGCCAACUUGUCAAUCCUAUAAUAAGAUAGAAAAUGGCGUUAUAUGAUCAACUGUAAUAUGACGUUUAUGAUUUAAUAAUAAAGUUUUUGAGUUCCUA